AUGGCCUUUGUCGGCUUUUUGACAUUUGGCUUUACACAAACCGUAUGCCCACGGCCCCCUCUCAGUUUCCGAGUAAACAAAAUCAACAGCGGCUAUGUCAUUGUUCACGGCUGGGCCUACAUGUUGGCCUCAUGGAACGACCAUCCCAUCAUUGCGGAACUGACAGACGAACCGACCAACCCAGUCUAUCCACCUAUCGAUGCAGGCGGAAAAGACGCUUCGUUUCUGUUUCAAAGCGACGAGCAAGGCGUCUGCACCAAUGUCUUCACUCCCAAAAUUAGUGGACAGCCUCAACAAACCGAUGGAAUCUAUUUUCCUUGCCAGCUCUUUGAUCCAAUGACAACAAAUGUCAAUGUUCCCAGCAGCUCGAGCUAUACGAAUCAGACCGGGUGUCACAAGUCGCAAAAGGCUCGCGACGCAUUCAAAUCCAUGCAAGAGUACGGUGUGCCCAAUGGCAAAGGCGGAUACGACAAAGCGGGUCGUGUAUAUUACGAUUGGGAAGAUAUUGCUGGAUCAACCAACUUGGCGGUCUAUAACAGUCAUGUGUUAAAUCUCGACCUGUUGCGCGCACUGCCUUUGGAUAGAUUCAAUGUACCUUCUGCGGGUCUCAUCGAGCAAGCCUUGGGCAAUACUGCUGCUACUGCACCAGGCCUUGGCGGCCAAGAUCUGACCCGACUCAUCGCAUCCCAUCGCGAGUCCGGCAGUCUCUGGCGUCAAGAAGCUAGCUGUUUGAUGCACAUUAUCAAAGUUGGCGAAAUCGACACCAAGAGUGUAGGAUGCAUUGCAUCCGAUGUCGUGCUCUACGUCUCGCUCGUAGUCAUUCUCGGUGUGAUCCUUGUCAAAUUCGUCCUGGCCGUCGCGUUUGGAUGGUUCUUGUCCUGGCGUCUUGGCAACUUUAAAGAAGCCGGAUCGUACAGGGACCGCAUGGAGCGCGACGAAGAAAUCGAAAACUGGGCUUCAGAAAUCAACAGACCUGCCGAUGCCAUUCGUCCACAGGAAAGACAACAACAGCAACGCUAUUCCGUUGCUUCGAAUCCUUACGCGAUCGGCAAAUCCAAGCGAAAAACAUUGAUGCCACGCACCUCUCGAUUCACUCAACCCGAACCCGGUACAACUCAUUUCAAUGGGAACCCAGAACGACCCGUCAGUACCAUUUGGAGAAACUCGCCAAGGUAUUUUUUUUCACGUUAUCUGGGCACAUCCAUGGUGUUGGGAGACAAUAACGGCAGCUGUCUCUCAUUACGUCGACCGAGCGAUGUCACGCCAUCGUCACGACCAUCCACCCUUUCCGACUCGACCAACAUGUCCAAUUCAACCGUCGCCGUAUGUCCCUUUCCCGUUUCACGCCAUGCUGUGCCACAGCCCAAACCAGAAUUCAUGCCGUUUGGCUUUGCCCUGACGCACACCAUCUGUCUUGUCACGUGCUAUUCCGAAGGGGUUGACGGGCUGCGAACAACCUUGGACUCCAUCGCGACGACCGACUAUCCCAACUCGCACAAGCUUAUCCUUGUCAUUGCAGAUGGCAUGAUCACUGGCCACGGUAACGACAAGUCCACGCCAGACAUUUGCGUGUCAAUGAUGGAAAACUUUUUGGUCGAACCGGACGAAGUCGAACCGUACUCAUAUGUUGCUAUUGCUGACGGUUCCAAGCGGCAUAAUAUGGCCAAGGUCUACAGUGGCUUCUAUAAAUACGACGAUACUACCGUAGACCCAUCGCAACAGCAACGCGUGCCAAUGAUUACCAUUGCAAAAUGUGGUACACCUGAAGAAGCAAACGAUCGCAAACCAGGCAAUCGUGGCAAGCGCGACUCCCAAGUCAUUUUAAUGUCUUUCCUGCAAAAGGUUAUGUUUGACGAGCGCAUGACGAUGCUCGAGUACGAGUUCUUUAACAAUAUUUGGCGAGUCACUGGUGUCAGCGCUGACAAGUAUGAGAUUUGUCUCAUGGUGGAUGCCGAUACCAAGGUGUAUCCGGAUGCUUUGUCGCGCUUGAUUAGCUGUAUGGUGAACGAUGAAGAAGUAGCCGGAUUGUGCGGCGAAACGAAAAUCGGAAACAAGACAGACAGCUGGGUGUCGAUGAUUCAAGUGUUCGAGUACUAUAUUUCUCAUCACCAAAGCAAGGCGUUCGAGUCAAUAUUUGGCAAUGUUACCUGCUUGCCGGGCUGCUUCUGUAUGUAUCGUAUCAAGGCCCCCAAGGGUGCAAAUGGUCACUGGGUACCGAUUCUAGCCAAUCCAGAUAUCAUCGAGCACUAUUCCGAAAACGUCGUUGACACGUUGCACAAAAAGAAUCUGCUGCUUUUGGGCGAGGAUCGGUACCUGUCGACACUCAUGCUCAGGACAUUCCCGCGACGCAAGAUGUUGUUUGUCCCUCAAGCCGUCUGCAAAACUGUCGUGCCAGACUCAUUCCGAGUGCUCUUGUCGCAACGCCGUCGAUGGAUUAACUCGACCAUCCACAACCUGUUUGAGCUUCUGCUCGUCUCUGACCUUUGCGGUACCUUUUGCUUUUCUAUGCAAUUUGUCGUCUUUAUGGAACUUGUAGGCACGUUGGCACUGCCCGCCGCCAUUUCAUUCACCCUUUACCUUAUCAUUCUUGCCAUCUUGGGCCAACCCGCCGUUGUGUCGCUUAUCCUACUGGCUCUCAUUCUGGGUUUACCAGCUGUGCUGAUCGUGAUGACUAGUCGCAAGAUUGUGUAUGUCGGCUGGAUGUUUAUAUAUCUAUUCAGCUUACCCAUUUGGAACUUUGUGCUCCCGACUUAUGCUUAUUGGCACUUUGACGAUUUCACAUGGGGUGAAACACGUAAAGUAGAGGGCAGUGGAAAAGACGAAGCGCAUGGCGACAAGGAAGGCGAGUUUGACAGCUCCAAGAUCACCAUGAAGCGAUGGAAUGAGUACGAGCGUGUGCGCAAAAUACGCGAAGCCCAAGAAAAGCAACGACGGCUUGCAGCUCAGCGAUAUAACAACAGUAACAAUCGAUACAGCUACUAUCCGUCAAGGCCAUCAUCUCCUCCAAGAAAUUUCUUGCCACCUGUAAUGCCGUUCUCUUCGUAUCAGCGUGAUAGCGAGGACGACUGGAUGGAAGAGUACAUGGAUCCCCCAGAGCCAUUGAUGCUACCCGAUACACGAUUACCUAUGCCACGAUAUCACAUGGAACAAGACGAAAAAGAAGAAGACUGGGAGACCAGCGUAAUUCGAUCCAUGGAAUCGUCAGCUAAACCAGCCCCACCACCUCCAUCAGCAUCGCCUCCGCCCGAGUUGCCACCUAAAUCAGAUGAUAACGACAAUGUCAGCACGCAGAGCACCGAUUUGGAACGGACGGACGGACGAGAAGAAUCAGAGGAAGAAGCCAGCACGACAGUUGCUCCGCAUGAUGAAGAUGACGACGACGAUCAUCUCCGUCAGCAUAGCGAGAGCGAGCAUAACGACUGUGGUACCGACGAGCAUCAUCCGACAAGCAGAUCAAGAUAAUAGAAGAGCUGGAUAUAUUAACCACUGCCGUUCUAGCACGCAUUUGUCUACUAGAAUAUUCCGGAACUGAGACCAAUCCUCAGUAGUAGCAUUACCCUUUCAAUUUAUCUUUCUUUUUUUGCACGAAACACACGCACACACUAUAUACCAUAUGAUAUACAUUAUCGCCAUUACCAUCAACGCACAUUUCCAAAAGCAAACUUAGCAAUACCAAUUCACAUUUUGCAUACCCUUCACAGAAACAGCAACAACACAUGCUACUAGUAUUCGCUUUUCCAUAUUACCAUACACUAAUCCAUUACAUCCUCUUCUUCUUGCUAUCUCUUU